GGGUCAGGGAUGUUCACCCAGCCUGCUUCCCUCCAGGGGAAGAUGUUUUCUUGGCACUGCAGCAGGGGAGAGCAGCAAAUAACUCCUGUUGUACCCACCUGGAACUGUGACAGUGAUGUUUUAAUCUUUUGAAGUGAACAUGUUCCUGUGGCUGGGUAAAGAAUUUGCCUGUGAAAUGGCUGAUUCUGUUGGUGAUACAUUCUUCCUUUAAUUAAGUAGCUGACUUACCUUGACAAUUAAUUGGAGUGAUGUAUGGUUUUUAUUAGAAACCCAUGACUAAUUUUUUCUUGCCGUUCCUGCUAUCUUAUUGUUCCUGUCUCCCCUCCUCCCGAGUUCUGCUGAGUGCCAGCUGUGUCCUCCAGGCACUGGUGCAGACCAGUGUUCCCUCUUGCUUACCUGUUCCAGAUAAAGUCAUUGUUUUCAGGUAUUUUCCACAUCAUCUUUCAGAAAUUUUCCAUUUCAUCACAGUUUUGUAAUUUUUUUUGUUUUCAGAGUCUGGGAUUCUUUACUUAAAAAAACCCCACCAAUCACAAACUCCUCAAAACAUCAGCACAACACCCCUCACCUUGCCAUGUAGUUUGCUUCCUUUAAUACCACACUUCCUACUUCAUUAAAAUAACUGCCAGGUUAAAAAAAUCCUCCCUGCAGCCAUCCCUGUGCCUGUAAUCUGCUAGGAAACUCAAGUGAAUUUUAUAUUUAAUUACAACAGGCAAGAUUCAAAAUGGAUCUGACUAAAGACAUUUCUGUUAAAAUCAGAGCAGCAGCUACAAGGACUCAGUUUGUCCCUUAUCCUGCUCUCCCUGGCUGAAAGGAGCAGAGGCUCAAUCCUCUCUCUGACCUUGCAACAAAUGAUGUGGACUAUUCUUUACGUUUUUUCCACUUAGGAAGCUUUAGUCUUUUUAUAGGAAAUUUGUUUCCAUGGGGGAGCUUAGGCAUGGAUGAGUGGGGAACAAUGUAUUGUUUGUUAAAACAAUUUUUUUUUAAAGGGAGUGGGCUUGAAAGGAAGGAAAUGUGGUUUAGAUUUAAGUUUCUUUUGAAAUUUAUUCCUCUUCUUUUGCCUCAUCCUCCCCACCCCCCAAGAUACAAAACAAUAAUCCUAACAACCAGACCUGCUUUUAACCCCCUGUGUUCUCAGAGGAGUAUCCAUGUCCUCAGUGGCCACACCAGGUGCCAAUAUUCAAAUCUGAGCACCUAUUGGUUCGACCACAGCAUCCCAAAAACUCACUUCCUUUUCAAACCAGGACAUCCUCAAACUGACUUUUCACCACACAUGUCUUUAAAAGAUUUGGUGUAAUCUGGAAAGCCAGAGGAAGUUUAAAAAUCACUGUCUUGUGUAUCCUUCCUUUCCCUUCCCUGUCUGGCUUGUUCUCUAUCAAGAACAUGCAGCUUUUGUCUCAGCUUUCCUAGUCCCUGUGUUUAUUUAGUCUGUCUCUGGUGUGUGUGUGUGUAAAGUUUAAGCCUCAGUUUAUCCACGUGCUUAAACCUUGUGCUGAACGAGGUCCUUGCAUGCUCUGCUCCCUGGGCUGUUCAUUCCCAGGGUGGUUCUGGAAGGAAGAGCCCUGUGGGGUCAGGUGGGGGUGCAGGUUCUGGGGGAGGAAGCUCAAGGCAGGAAUACAGUUUAAUUUGUAAUGGGCUGUAUUUAAAGCAGGCAGUUGGCUGGAAAUGUCUCUUUCCUUUCCCUGCAGGUGUGUGGCAGAGCUGCUGUGUGACAAUCUCUGCUGCUGCCAUGGCUGACCCCGUGCCCGAGGACAGCGUGUCCCAGGUGCCCGAGCUGUGCUGUGAGUGUGGCCAGGCCCACCCCUUGCUGGACAAUCACCUGUACAACUUCCAGGACGAGGUGGACGAUGAGCUCAUCUGCCACAUCUGCCUGCAGCCCCUGCUGCAGCCCAUGGACACGCCCUGUGGGCACACCUACUGCUUCAAGUGCCUGGAGAACUUCAUGCAGGAGUACAGCUUCUGCCCCAUGGACCGCAAGAAGCUCUCCUUCCAGCAGUGCCACAAGUCCAGCCUGCUGGUGAGGAACCUGCUGGAUAAGCUGCUUGUGCUGUGUCCUUUCAAGGCUGAGUGCCAGCAGAGCAUGCAGCGCUGUGAGCUGGAAGCUCACCUGCAGAACAGGUGUCCUGGCUUUAAGAAAUACAAAUCUGAGCUCCAGAGGAAAAGGAGCCCCAUUUCCAAAGGGAAGGAAGAGCCUCCUGCCAAGGGGGACACAAACUCACCCAAGGAUCCAGAGCUCCCAGGUGGAGGCUCCUCACUUGUGGCAGAAAGCUCUGGAGCUGCUGUGGUGUCACUGGGGACUGCAGAGCCUGGACUGGUCAAUCCAGCUUUUGAGGAGACUGAAGAAGACCUUCCUCACAGAACCAGUCUUGUGGCUGAAACUACCACCAUCGAGAUCCACCGGGAGGAUCCGGAGGAAGAGCUGGGCAUGAGGAUAGUUGGGGGUAAGGACACCCCCCUGGGGAACAUCGUUGUUCAGGAGGUGCUGAGGGACUCUGUGAUUGCUGCUGAUGGAAGAAUUGCUCCUGGAGACCACAUCCUUGAGGUGAAUGGCGUCAACAUCAGCAGCGUGACUCACUGCCAGGCUGUCUCCUUCCUGCGCCACCCAGGGCCUGUUCUGCACCUCCUGGUGCUGCAGGAGAAGGGCUUUUCCAGCAGGACUGCCCAGCAGGAUCCCAGUGCCACCAGCAGGGAGGUGAUCCACGUCACCCUGGUGAAGAGAGACCGAUCGGAGCCCCUGGGAAUCAAACUGAUCAGGAAGACUGACGAGGCAGGGAUCUUUAUUCUGGAUCUCUUAGAGGGGGGCUUGGCAGCCAAGAAUGGGAAGCUGAGUCGGAAUGACAGAGUGCUUUCAAUAAAUGGCCAGGAUUUGAGGCAAGGAACUCCUGAGGCUGCUGCCCAGAUCAUCCAGACCACGGAAUCCAGAGUGAACUUUGUGAUCCUGAGGCAGUCUGGGCUGCAGCUGGGGGAGCCAGGGGAGGAUGGCAGCACCUCCAACAGCAGCAGCAGCAGCAGCAGCAAUGGGGGCAGCCCCGUGCACCACCGGAGGCGACCAGAGCAGAGCCACUACAGGAGGAAAUCCACCUACCAGAAGGAUUUGCCUCAGGGAUAUGUAAGUCAUGAGAAGACAGUUGCAAUAAAAAAGGAGCCAAAGGAAUCUUUGGGAAUCACAAUUGGAGGUGGAAGGGAUAACAAAAACAAGCUCCCUAUCUAUGUGACAAGUGUGCAGCCCAUUGGAUGCCUCUUCAGGGAUGGCAGAAUCAAGAGAGGGGAUGUCCUUCUGAGCAUCAAUGGCAUCGAUUUGACUCAUCUGAACUACUAUGAAGCUGUCUCAGCUCUGAAAUCCAAUGCAGCCUCCCACUCAGUCACACUGAAAGCCUUGGAAAUCCUGUCCCUGAACUGCCCAGAGCCAGCCCUGGACAUCAGGGAGCAGGGGUUCAGCUGGUCUCCCCUCUGGAUCACGUGGCUGGGAUUGCCCAGCUACCUUCACUUCUGUCAAGAUAUUGUCCUUAGUAAAGGAAACCUGGAAAGUUGGGGCUUCAGCAUCGUGGGAGGCUUUGAGGAGAGCAAAGGAAACCAACCCUUCUUCAUCAAAACCAUCGUGCCCGGCACUCCCGCCUUCAGGGACAGGAAACUCAGGUGUGGAGAUGAAAUCGUGGCAGUGAACGGAGUGCCAGCAAUCGGAAUGAGCAACUCAGAACUGAUCCCAAUGCUGAAGGAGCAGAGGAACAAAGUCACCCUGACCGUGGUGUCCUGGCCAGGGAGCCUGGUGUGAGAGCCCCAGGCAAGCCCCAGCACCUGCAGGUAUCCACCAGCAGCUGCACCAACAGGCCACACUGCCAGGGAACAGGGGCUGCCCCACUGCUGCUCCUGCUGCACUGCCAGGGAAGGCUCCUUGCUUCCUUUCUAUGGAAAACAUUUUACCAACAAAUCUGGAUGCUGAAUUCAAAGGGUUAAUCCAACAGUUGUUGAGCUUCCCAGGCUCAUUAAAGCUCCUCAGGAUUGGUGGAGCACAGAAAGCUCUUCCCAGCUUUCUCCACAACCUGCCCUGGAGGCUGCUAAGGCUUGUCUUGAUUUUAGGCUCUGCUUUCCACUGAGUAUUGAACAGGUUAAAACAGAGGCUUUAAAAGCAGCUACUGGAUCUGUAAGGAUGGGGACCCAACUGAGGCAUUUGUGUCUAUCAGGAUUUCCAGGAGCAUUUUUAGGUGUCAGUAACCCAAGGGAUGAUUGAACACCUGAACACCCCAGGGUUGCUCAGAGCUGGGGAGCUGUGUUGCCUGCAUGGGGUCCUGGCACAAAUCCCCGUUCAGGAUCCUGCCAACUCCACUGAUUUAUUGCAAAGGGACAAUUUCAACAGCUUCAAGAACCACUCUCAAAGGCAGCAGCAAGAGGGGUUUCAUUGAAAUAUGAUGUUGCAAAAUGUGACUUUAUCAAAGGUCAAGGGUAAGAUUCACUUAUUGCACACAGGUUUCCCUGGUUUUAGGAUUGAUAAAAGCAGCUUUUCCCCAGCAGGGAAUGGGCUGGUGUCAGUCACCCCUGGCCCAGCCUGAUGCUGCUCUGUCCUAUUUUUCUGUUUGCAGUGAUGAGGGGCAGAGUUCAGGCAGGGGCAGAGCACCUGUACUGCCAGGUGAGAUUUCUCCUGCAGUUCCCUUCAUGUCCCUCUUGCAGCUGGAGCAAAAUAUCAACUUAUGGGAUCAGGGGAAGCUCAAAGGAUCCUUGGCUGCAGGAAGAGUCACCUCCUGAAGGAGACUGUGCCCAGCCUGGCUUCAGCUCAAACCCACUGUGCAAUGAAAGAACUGAAGGCCAGGCAGGGUGCUUUGACCUCUGACACUGUGAAAGUUCCUACUUGCAAACUCCACCUGAAGCAAUCCCCUUUUUUAGCAGUUCAAUGAGCAGCAGAGAUGAUGGGUUUUUCUCAAACCAGGUUGCACUCAGAGAUCUUUGCUCCUGUGCUGCACCUUUUGCAGGAGCAGCUUUGUAAGAAUCCAAGGAGUCUGUCCCCUGUCCAAAUGCUGCCUGGAGUGAAUGUUUAAUUCAUUUGAAUGAAUGUUUAAUUCCUUGUAGCAGCCCUGAGCUGGCACUUUGUCAUUUGCUGUCCCUGGGCCUUGUUCACAUGCAGUGACUUCACCUCCUGUGCUGGGAGCUGCAGGCAGGGACAGCAGGGACAGCAGGGCCUGGCCCAGAGCCCUGGGCA